UUCAGCUCACAGUAUUUCCGUCCCGGGUAUAACGAUUUUAAAAUAUCUCACGGAAAAGAGAACCAGCGAACUACACACUGAUAAUAACAGGCGAGAUUCAUUUCUCUUUCCGGCCGGGUAUAUAUCGAUUCUUAAAUCUCUGAAACAGAAAAGAGAACCAGUAAACCACAAACUGAUAAUAACAGGGUUGCUUUUAAGGCUUCAGAAAAUGAUCUAUUGUUAUAAGCUGAAUCAUCUAAUUUCUGCUCAGGUAUGAUGGCAGCUAAUGUCCAGUUACUUCCCGGUCCAGAAUUUUAUUGUGGCAUUCGAGGAGUGACCGUCAUUUUGAAUGAAUACAUUUGUUACAACUUGUCAGAUUUUCGUUCUUCUUCAGCAAUGUACUGGAUUGUUUAGGUUUGUGGUGUGUGGAAGUUUUCAUUUUGGUGCCUUUGAAAAUGAGUUUAUUUAGAUAUUUGCCAUUUGAAUAUUUUGUUGGAGUUGCGCAUACCACUUCCAAAUUACCAUAUUGCUUAAAGUGCAAUCCCAUUAUCUAAUACUGUAUCUAUGUGCAAAACAUCACACAACACGGGAACAUGUAGCAUGCUUCUCAAAUAUUUAUGCAGGUCAGAAGGUAACACAAACAUCUUUUUCAUAUAUCCUGCACCUGGAGAACAGACAUGAAUUUUGUUUAAAAAUAGACUGUUCAUCAUUUUAUAAAUGUAUUGCCUGAAUCAGUAUAAUCUCAAAGGGGCAAAAAUGUAUUACAUACAAAAGGUAAAUCACUUUUUCUAAAUCAAAAAGCCGUUGCAUAAAUUAUUCUGUUUUGAAGGUAUUGUGAGCUCUGGUGCUUGGCUGAUCCGCAGAUGCUUCCAUGUCCUCUAAAUCAGUCGUACCUUGCAUAUGACUCAAAGGUGGUGUUGGUAUCAUCUCAAUACAAAGUGUGUUUUGUUCUUCAGUUAAUUAUUCCAACUGUAUGUCGGUUUUGAAUCUUUUGAUGGUCCUUUCGCUGUUAAGAUGUUAUACACAAAAAUACACACAGCAGAUGGAAAUGGUUUCCUAUAUAAUGUAUAUAUACUCCCCCAAAGAUCGGUUUUUUCACCAACUAAUAGGUUUAUCGACACAGUCACCCUGGUCACCAGCAACUUUUCCCGAAACACAUGUACCCAUUUUUGUGAAUGAACCCAAGGCUGAUAAGUUCAUGAAGCAACUACUUCCUACACUGAGGGUAAGAGACAACUUGAAUUUAGUUAACUUUGAGGAGUUGAAAUCAAUGUCCCAUCCAUCGCCUGUUUUUGUUUUAGCCAUCAAUAAUCGACAAAUGUUGCUUCUACAAAGAGCAGACUGGGGAUCAGAAGGAAUGUGGUGUCAGGGUUGGGCUUGUUGUGGCAGCAUAGGUCUACUGCGUAAUGAGCAUACAUUUGGUGACUGCAGCCUUGAACUUCAAUCGUGCAGACUUGAUCAAAGAAUAUGCAGCAUAUUUUAGCUUCUCUGAUCUGCAUUGAAGCAGCAGACAUUUUAUCCUUGCGAUUCUGGUAAUAGAUUCUCAACCCAGCUAUUACUUAGUCUAUAGAGGUUAGAGAACUUGUAAUAUCUGCAUAUUCUGAAUUUAUAAAUUGCCAGUGGGAGGAAUGCAUUACCUCAGAGAUACUGUCCUCGAUCCCAACACCAGAAUGUAAUGGGGAUGGUAGCGUGUACCGUGUUCCCUUAUAUUAUUCUUCUUCCUCUCCUUGCUAGAGUCGAUAAGAUCCGUCUCUAGCUAAUAAAACCUUCGGAUCUGGAUUCAUCUCACUGAUGAAUGUUAAAGGUGAAGGCCAAACAAAAGGCUCCUCUGCUGAAGGGUUGAGCAGUGAAGCGAAUGCUCCAUGUUUAUACUUGACUGUAACUAUAUGAAACUCUUCUGCACAAUAAUGUCAAAGCAUGUCUUAUCAUAAUUAAGUUACUGCACGUAGCUGAUUGCUUCAUCAUUUGGAACAAAUUGGAAAAAUGGUCAUUUAAGAUGAUGGUUCUUUUGCCUGGUGUUUUCCAUUAGGAAAGCUAGGAGCACCAAUUUUAUAAACCUUGUAGAAUCUUGUUUGUAUAUACAGUUUACUUAGUCCCAAGAGUUUCAUACUUGCUUUAACUAAUCAAUAUAUUUAGGUCAUAGCAGUUUUUUGUGUGCUCCAGUCCAGAGAAAUGGCUUAGGCAAAUAUAUCUUGAAAGUCAAAGAUCGUUGACCAAGUAACAGAGUCUCUGUUUUUAAAAACAGGGGAUUCCGACUAUCAGUUCUAUCUCUAAAUACGCAGACAACAACGGCUAGUUCAUCAGAACUUGGGAAACACCGAAAAUCUUGGCCCCAAAGAUACACAGCUAUUUGUAUAAGUACUAGCGAUCUCUAAAAGUUACUCUUUUUUUUUUUCAUCUCUCCAUUAACACACAACUCAGAAACAUCUUUCUUCCGAGUAGUGAGUUGGGUUUUAUUUUGUUGUUUUUCUGAAGUUAGGGUUUGCUUCUAAGAUUGAAUCUUGAUUUGAUUUGAGUUUUCUGUUGUCAAAUUCUAGAAUUAACAGAGGAAUUUCUUUAAUCAAGGUAUAAUAAUGGGUACAGGGAGGAAGAAGAUUGAGAUAAAGAUGAUACAUGAUAGGAAAAAGAGAAGUGUAACAUUCUCCAAAAGACGUCAAGGUCUGUUUAAGAAAGCUGAUGAAUUAUGUCGUCUCACUGGUGCAGAUAUUUCUCUGAGUGUAUUCUCCCCUUCUGGAAGAUUGUAUACGUUUGGUUGCCCUAAUUCAGAUGAAGUCCUUUACAGAUUUCCUGUGAAAGAAGAAGAAAAGGAAGUUGAUGGUGAUGGGAAUAAUAGUAGAUCAGAAAAUGGUGAUGGGUUUUGGUGGAAUGAUUUAAACAUUGUAGAACUUGAUACUCUCGAGAAGGUAGACGCUGUGACAGAACAAUUGCUUCAAGUGCAGAAUCUUGUUGUCAAGAGAAAGGAAGAAUUACUUGCUGCAUUAUCCACUACUUCAGCAGCGGCAAACGAAACUACUACUGGUAAUAUGGAGGAUUCUUGUAUGUUUUCAGUGAAACAAGAAGGCGAUUCUUGGUUUCCUUCUCUAACGUCUGGUUAUAUGAAUGAGUUUGAUGAGUUACUGAAAGAUUUCUAUGUUGAUCAAAAGAUGCAACAACUGCCGGCUUAUUAACCAAGAAAGAACUCAAAUGAGGAAGGAGUUCUGGAAGGAUUUAGAUGUACUUACUGUAUGUAAUGUUGUUCUUAUCAUUUGAAGUUACAAAACUGAAAAUCAAUGUUCAAGUUUUUGGAUUUAUCUCUUCAUUGUUGUUAUUGUCUCUUAAAAAACAAUGUAUGUGAUUACAACAACAUAUUGUA